CUUACCAAAACCAACCAUUCCUCUCUCUCUCUCUCUAACAAAGCUUAUUGUCUCAGAGGGUACGUGUGAGAUCAAUUGGAGAGGUGGUCGUGAGCUAUGGCGGUCCCGGCAGCACUCACCAUCGUCCCCAUCGGCAUGCUCUUCAUUCUCUCCGGCCUUAUUGUCAAUCUUGUUCAGGCAUUCUUCUAUGUCCUCGUUCGUCCUCUGUCGAAGAAUACGUAUCGAAAGAUUAACAAAGUAGUCGCCGAAUUGCUCUGGUUGGAACUCAUAUGGCUUGUUGAUUGGUGGGCCGGUGUCAAGGUAGAGCUCUACAUGGAUUCUCAGACUUUCGAAAUGAUGGGUAAAGAACACGCGCUUCUCAUCUGCAAUCAUAGGAGCGACGUCGAUUGGCUUGUCGGGUGGGUCAUAGCUCAGCGUGCAGGUUGUCUUGGCAGUGCACUUGCUAUCAUGAAGAAAGAGGCUAAAUUUCUCCCUGUCAUAGGUUGGUCGAUGUGGUUUUCGGACUACGUAUUUUUGGACAGAAGAUGGGCCAAGGACGAGAUCACAUUAAAGUCAGGUUUCGAAAGGCUCAGUGAUUUCCCGAUGCCAUUCUGGUUGGCCCUUUUCGUGGAAGGAACUCGGUUCACGCAGGCAAAGCUCCAAGCAGCUCAAGAAUAUGCCGCCUCCCGAGGGUUGCCUCUUCCUAGGAACGUUUUGAUUCCUCGAACUAAGGGCUUUGUUUCAGCGGUGACUCACAUGCGCUCGCAUGUCCCUGCCAUUUAUGAUUGCACGGUGGCUGCUCCUAGUAACCAGAAACCACCUACAUUGCUCAGAAUUAUCAGAAGACAACCGGCUAUUGUGAAACUGCAAAUCAAGAGACAUUCGAUGCAAGAACUGCCGGAAACACCUGAUGGGAUCGCACAGUGGUGCAAAGACGUGUUUGUGACUAAGGAUGCUUUCCUGGAGAGAUAUUAUGCUAAAGACCUGUUUGGUACCGAACAACGUCAAGACAUCGGACGUCCUAUAAAGUCUCUGUUGGUGGUCAGUUUUUGGUCAUGCCUACUGGUCUAUGGAGUCGUUGAAUUCUUCCUGUGGUCCGCCUUGCUCACCUCGUGGGAAGGCAUCGUGGUCGUAGUAGCGGCUUUGGUGCUCGUAACUCUUGUGAUGCAAAUCCUUAUUCAGUCUUCAGAGGCCGAGCGCUCGAAUCCCACCGAGGCCCUUCAGCAAGAUCCUGCAAGAGAGAGACUUCUCCAGAAAUGAGCAGUGAUCGAUACACUCCGACGUAUAUUCUGUUAAAAAAACAUCACUUAAGAAAUCUGAUAACCAGGACCCGGAGAAUUUGUACGCAUGUUAUUGUUCUCAAGCAGGAGAAAAUGUCGCCCUUGUAAUUCAUAUUUUGGGGAUUAUUGU